AUGAGCGCGCUACUCGAAACUUCGCUGGGCGACAUCGUGAUCGACCUUCUGGUCGAUGAGUCGCCCAAAGCCUGUGAAAACUUUUUGAAGCUGUGUAAAAUCAAGUACUACAAUUUCGCCCCGGUGCACAGCGUCCAGAAAGACUUUAGCUUCCAAACCGGCGACCCGCUAGGCCCCGACGCCCCCGAGAGCGAUGGCGGAUCUUCGAUAUGGGGAUUGCUGGGUGGCCCCUCGAAGCGCACCUUUCCGAUCGAACUGCCGCCCAAAAUGAAGCAUCUCGAACGUGGAACCGUGAGCAUGGCCACGGUGCCUGCGGCCAACGAUCCCGACCAGCGCAUGGCCGGGAGCCAGUUUCUCAUCACGCUCGGCGAUAACUUGGAUUACUUGGAUGGCAAGGCGGCCAUCUUUGGCAAGGUAGUGGAGGGCUUCGAUGUCCUGGAGAAGAUCAAUGAGUCGUUCAUUGAUGACCGGGGUCGGCCCUUGAAGGAUAUCCGUAUACGCCACACGGUCGUCCUCGACGACCCAUUUGCCGACCCCGCUGGUCUGGUCGAGCCCCCCGAGAGUCCGGUGCCGUCCAAGGCCCAGUUGGCUACGGUGCGCAUCGCGGACGACGAGGAGCUGGAUGACGAUAUGGACGAAGCGGCUAUGGAAAAGCUGCGCCGUGAGCGCGAAGCUCGUGCCCAGGCGCUGACUUUGGAAAUGGUCGGUGAUCUUCCUUUCGCCGAUGUCAAGCCCCCCGAGAAUGUGCUCUUCGUCUGCAAGUUGAAUCCCGUCACACAAGAUGAGGACCUCCAGCUGAUCUUCAGUCGCUUUGGCACUAUUCUCUCCUGUGAGGUGAUCCGAGACAAGCGCACGGGUGACAGUCUGCAGUAUGCGUUCAUCGAGUUUGAGAACCAGAAAGACUGCGAGCAGGCCUACUUCAAGAUGCAGGGCGUGCUGAUUGACGAUCACCGCAUCCACGUUGACUUCUCACAGAGUGUCUCGAAGCUGUCAGACAGCUGGCGCAACGCGACCAUCACGAAGCGCCAACAGCGAGGCGGGUUCGGUGGUGUCGCCGAUCUGGAAGAGAAACGCCAGUACCGAGCGUUCGAAACCCCUCGUGCAAACGAAAAGGACGAUGCCUACAACAUGGUCUUUGACCGCUCGCGCAAAGAUCGGCCAGCGGGGUCCUCCGCCCCUCGUGGCGCCGGCCGGUCAGAUCACAACCCACGCACUGAUUCACGUCGGGACCGGCGCAAUAGUCGCAGUCCCCGAGCUCGAGACACGCAUCAAGCCCGGUUCCGGCACCGAGAGUCAAGUAGGAGCCCCGGGCGGGGAGACUCACGGCGAGAUCGCGAUCGAGGUCGCUACCGUGAUGCCCGUGACCGUGACCGUGACCGUGACCGCGGCCGUCGAGAUGACCGGUACGUGCGACGAUGA